AUGUCUACUACACUAGUCAAUCAUCGACAAGUUGUCCAUCGACCUUUUCGCAAUGUCAUUCAGAGCUAUUCGGGCCAAACUGGGACCAGUGGAUCGCUGAUGAGCAGACCUAGUUCUUUUGAUCGUCCCUCAAGCGGUAUACUAACCUCAUCGGCGCCCACUGCCGUUGUGCAGCGUGACGAGGCCCUUCUUGCUAUCUACGUGCACCCUUCCGAGGCGGGAGGAGUUGGCCACUACAAACCAUUCCUGUUGCCUCCACGUAACCCCGGAGAGGGCUCUCAAUCCUCCUUGGAGAAGGGGCUUGGUUAUGGCGCGUUCGGUGUUGUCUGGUCAGUUAUUGAUCCGCGUGACGGACGAAAGGUGGCUCUGAAACGCAUCCCCAGAGUCUUCCACAACCCGAUCACAGCCAAGCGCGUUUACAGAGAACUCAAAAUGCUCUCCAUGCUCCACCAUGAUAACAUUGUCACCUUGGUCGACGUUGUCAAGUCAGACAACUACUCUUCCUUCGAUGAAGUAUACCUCUUGUUCGAGUUGAUGCAGACCGAUCUCCACAAGAUAAUCGUUUCUCCCCAACCACUCUCAUCAGACCACGUGAAAAUAUUCCUCUAUCAAAUUCUGCGGGGUCUGAGGUAUUUGCACUCUGCCGGCAUCGUCCACCGUGACAUCAAGCCCGGGAAUAUGCUUGUCAACUCGAACUGCCUCUUGAAGAUUUGCGAUUUUGGUCUGGCUCGUAUGGAUGAUCCAGGGAACCAGGCUCAGUUGACUACCGAGGUCGUUACCCAGUAUUACCGUUCACCCGAACUCCUCAUGGAGACCUCGCGUUAUUCCUACGCUGUGGACAUGUGGAGUGUUGGAUGCACAUUUGCCGAACUUCUCAGCCGAAGAAUCCUCUUCCCCGCCCAAGGACCUCUGGAGCAGUUGGAACUCAUUCUUAACUUGACUGGUACCCCGAAAAUGGUGGACUUGGAGCACUGUCACCCUGAGGCGUGUUGUUUCGUCCUCUCAUUUCGUCCUCGCCGGCCCAACCUCGCAUCUCUGUAUUCCCUGUCCCCAGACCUAAGCAAUGCUGCUGUGGACCUUCUAUCGAGCAUGCUGCGAUUCAGUCCGGUACGUGCAUUGAAGACGCCAGCAUUUAAUUUACACGUCUUUGUUCACGCCCCUUCCCAGGCUUCCUUGCUUCAACUUAGUCAGCGGUCGGUGGGGCGGCCUGCUGCUGCCGCGCCUCCCCCCUCCCCCCCGCCGGCCGCGAUGCCUCGUAGACUGUCCUAUAAGUUGGGUAGAAGGACAGGCAAGGACCGAAUUACAGCAGAGGAGGCGUUGAGCCAUUGUUACCUCGAGGAGGCGCGCCUUCGGUACCACUCGUGCAUGUGCACCUGUUGCCACGACGUGCCAGUUGCCUCGCCCCCCGCCACCCAAGGGGGUCUGAGCAGUCCCGGUGCUGUGGGCGACAACGCCUCGCUCUCGUCUGCCCCGACAACCCCCACCAGUUCGAUUUCGUCCUCCUCCUCCUCCAUCUCUCCCUCCGACACACCCGGCAAGCAGCAGCAACACCCGGGGAAUUUAACACGAAGGAAAUUCUGCCGGGAUCUUGACCCUGCAGCCAACUUCCUACUUCCUCUCGACCUUGACUCGCACUUCAAACGGCUAUCUGACGCUAAGCGCGGUUUGAUGCAAACCCUUGCAGUCGAGAGAAGGCAGUCCAGAAUGCUCCUCUUGGAUAUGUUUUCAUUUGUCCACUAUGUGUACACACCCACACACACGGACUACGGACCAUGCCCCUUGGCGUUGCUAACCGCCCCACAGGCCCAAACCUACCGAAGCAUCCUGUGGGAAACCCUGCAGGAGUACCACCACCGGGACACGCGGAGUGCGAGACUCAUCCUUAACAAAAACGCAGUCAACUACCGAGCGCUUGUCACGUAA